AUGGAGUCCAAGUCGUCCUUCAGCUACGAGGAGCUGACGAGCAUCACCAGCAACUUCUCCCGCGACAACGUGAUCGGCGAGGGCGGGUUCGGGUGCGUGUACAAGGGGUGGCUCGCCGACGGCAAGUGCGUGGCCGUGAAGCAGCUCAAGGCCGGCAGCGGGCAGGGGGAGCGCGAGUUCCAGGCGGAGGUGGAGAUCAUCAGCCGCGUCCACCACCGCCACCUCGUCUCCCUCGUCGGCUACUGCGUGGCGCAGCAGCACCGCAUGCUCAUCUACGAGUUCGUCCCCAACGGCACCCUCGAGGACCAUCUGCACGGUCGGUCGGUCGCGGAUUUCGGGCUGGCCAAGCUCUCCAACGACACCCACACGCACGUGUCGACGCGCAUCAUGGGCACGUUCGGGUACCUCGCCCCGGAGUACGCGUCCAGCGGGAAGCUGACGGACCGGUCCGACGUCUUCUCCUUCGGCGUGGUGCUGCUGGAGCUCAUCACCGGCCGGAAGCCCGUGGACCAGGACCGGCCGCUCGGGGAGGAGAGCCUCGCCGAAUGGGCUCGGCCGAUCCUCGCCGACGCCAUCGAGACCGGCAACCACGACGAGCUGGCCGACCCGCGGCUGGAAGGCAGAUACAACAAGGCCGAGAUGGUGAGGAUGGUGGAGGCCGCCGCCGCGUGCAUCCGCCACUCGGCUCCCAAGCGUCCCCGGAUGGUGCAGGUGAUGAGGGCGCUGGACGUGGACGUGGACGAGGGGAGCAUGUCGGACCUGAGCAACGGGGUGAAGGUGGGGCAGAGCCAGGUGUUCAACAACAGCCAGCAGGAGGCCGCCCUCGAGCAGCUCCGGCGCACGGCCUUCGCCACCGAGGAGUUCACGGGGGAGUUCGAGCCGUCCGGGGAGUACGGUGCCGCCGCCAAUACUCUGAACCAGCCGCGGCCUGCGGGGUGA